GUGACUCAGAGUUGCAGGCUCACACUCUUCAGUCGGGCCCACACACACACACACACACUCAGCUGACCGACCACCUUAAAGAAGUCUCUCUGGUUACAGGUUACCCUCCGUUGCCACGGAAACAACGUGAACAUGAGGUGAGUGUGACAUCCAGGUGUGUUUGUUAAUUCAUCCCGCGCGCCGUCAGACACGUGCUCAGGCUUGUUUUGAAAUGCUGUGGAGAGAAACUCUGGGUGUCCUGUUACUGUGUUGCACUCUGCACUCCGCACACUCCCGGGGCUGCUCGUCGUUUUUCUGCCGGAAAUCUCACCGUGUCAGCGGCCUUGGUGGAGCCGACCCCGGGUCUCCUCUUUUUCUCACUCCUUACCUGGAGAAGGGCGCCAUAGAUGAAGCCAGGAAACUGAGUCUGGUAGGAGAUCUGCCAGGUGCCAACGUCAAGAGUUAUGCCGGGUACCUCACUGUUAACAAAAAAUACAACAGCAACCUCUUCUUCUGGUUCUUCCCUGCACUCAUGGCGAACACAGAUAAAGCUCCGGUCCUGCUCUGGCUGCAAGGUGGGCCGGGUGGCACCUCCAUGUUCGGUCUCUUUGUGGAACAUGGACCGUAUGUGGUGUACAAGAACAUGACUGUUGGUUUGAGAGAUUACGCUUGGACAUCGAGAUAUUCAGUUUUGUACAUUGACAAUCCUGUUGGAACAGGUUUCAGCUUCACUGAAGAUGACAAAGGUUUUGCUCAGAACCAGGACGAUGUUGGCAGAGAUCUGUACAGUGCUUUAAUACAGUUCUUCCAGCUCUUUCCGGAGUAUCAGUCCAAUGAGUUCUAUGCAACAGGGGAGUCUUAUGCAGGAAAGUAUGUUCCUGCCAUUUCUUACUACAUCCAUAAAAACAACCCCACUGCCAAAGUGAAGAUUAACCUCGUAGGGAUGGCUAUUGGUGAUGGGCUCUGUGAUCCAGAAAUGAUGAUGGGUGGUUACGGUGAGUUCCUGUACCAGACAGGCAUGAUCGAUGAGCUCCAGAAACAGUAUGUCAUCCAGCAGACCGACCUCGGGGUUAAACUCAUCCAACAGGAGAAGUGGAUCGAGGCUUUUAAGGUGUUUGACAGCCUGCUGAAUGGUGAUGUGGAACCGUAUCCCUCCUUCUUCCAAAAUGCUACAGGCUGCACCAAUUACUACAACUACUUGACAUGUCAGGAACCCGAAGACCAGGAGUACUUCUCCCAAUUUGUGACUCUGCCAGCGGUGCGACGUGCCAUCCAUGUAGGGAACCUUACUUUCCACGAUGGUUCAGAGGUGGAGAAGCACCUUCUGCAGGAUGUCAUGAAGACUAUCAAACCAUGGCUGGGGGUGCUGAUGGACAACUAUAGGGUCUUAAUCUACAGCGGUCAGCUGGAUGUAAUCGUAGCAGCCCCGCUGACAGAGAGGUUCCUGCCUACUGUCAACUGGACCGGGGCGGCUGAGUACAAAACAGCUCCACGCUUCCACUGGAAGGUUCAGCCCAGCGACACAGAGGUGGCAGGUUACGUGAGACAAGUGAAGGAGCUUUACCAGGUCAUCAUCCGAGGAGGGGGACACAUUCUGCCUUAUGACCAACCAGCGAGGUCAUUUGACAUGAUUGACAGAUUCCUUUCAACACGGGGCUGGAUAUGAAAUGUUUCGGUGUCGGUCAAAGCACCUCCACUUUAGAGAGCACACUGUUGAUUACGUACUGUUGAUUUGAAAGACUGUAAAGCAGCACGUUGUUGGAUCAUCUUUGUGGCUGAUUUGUUAUUUUAGCAGUUUUGGUUUAGGACUGCUUUGGACUACACUCAGAUGUACUACAAAUGAAAUUCUCUGAGUAUGGAUCCAGACCUCUGAAUGACACAUUUCAGAUGUUAAGUCAGCGACUCGAAACGUAAAAAAUUAAGAGCGAAUGAUAUGGCACGUGGCUUGAAUUCAAUGAAAAUCAUUAUGUUUAUUUCCGUUGGGAUUGCGUGAGGAGAAAUGUUGGCGUAUGUUGCAUUGUGUCUCUACAUGCCUUGAAGGUGAAAUGUAAUGAAAGAACCUUGAAACUACAGCUGAAUUGUCUUAAAAUAAAAAUAAAAAUUCUAAAUCUG